AUGAGUGUCGUCGGUGUUGAUUUCGGAACCCUUAAUACGGUUAUUGCAGUCGCCCGCAAUCGCGGUGUCGAUGUGAUUACCAAUGAAGUCUCCAAUCGCGCUACACCAUCUCUUGUAGGCUUCGGACCAAAAUCUAGAUACCUCGGUGAACCCGCAAAGACUCAAGAGAUCUCCAACUUGAAGAACACUGUCGGAUCAUUGAAGCGAUUAGCGGGGAGAACCCUCAACGAUCCCGAUGUACAGAUCGAGCAGCAGUUCGUCUCGGCGCCUUUGGUCGAUAUCGGAGGACAGGUUGGAGCGGAGGUCACAUACUUGGGCAAAAAGGAGAAAUACACAUCUACACAGCUGGUUUCCAUGUUCUUGAGCAAAGUCAAAGCCACAGCUUCCGCAGAAUUGAAACUCCCAGUUUCUGAUUUGGUUAUGAGUGUGCCAGCAUGGUUUACUGAUGUUCAACGAAGAGCCCUUUUCGAUGCUGCCGAGAUUGCCGGUCUUAAACUCCUUCGUUUGAUGAACGAUACAACCGCUGCAGCUUUAGGUUACGGUAUCACAAAGACCGAUUUGCCAACAGCGGAAGAGAAGCCAAAACGUGUAGCCUUUAUCGAUAUCGGACACAGCAACUACUCGUGUUCGAUUGUUGAGUUCAAGAAGGGAGAGUUGGCUGUGAAGUCAACAGCAUAUGAUCGUCACUUCGGUGGACGUGAUUUCGACAAGGCCUUGGUGGACCACUUCGCCGCGGAAUUCAAGGAGAAAUACAAGAUUGAUAUCAAGACCAACCCAAAGGCAGUUGUACGAGUAGCUGCUGCAGCUGAGAAGUUGAAGAAAAUCUUGUCCGCCAACCAGCAGGCUCCAAUCAAUAUCGAAUCAUUGAUGAACGAUGUUGAUGUACAGUCGAUGAUGAAGCGUGAAGAGUUGGAGGCACUCGUUGAGCCUCUUCUCAAGCGCGCCCACGUACCCCUUGAGGAAGCUUUGGCUCAGGCCAAACUCAACAAGGAGGACAUUGACGUUAUCGAGCUUGUUGGUGGAUGUACUCGUGUCCCAGCGCUCAAGGAACGUAUUCAACAAUUCUUCGGCAAGAACCUCUCAUUCACCCUGAACCAAGACGAGGCGAUCGCCAGAGGAUGUGCCUUCAGUUGCGCCAUUCUCUCACCAGUAUUCCGUGUCCGCGACUUUGCCAUCCACGACAUUGUCAACUACCCAAUCGAGUUCACCUGGGAGAAAUCACCAGACAUUCCAGAUGAGGACACCAGCCUUACCGUAUUCAACAAGGGCAAUGUUAUGCCAUCCACCAAGAUUCUCACAUUCUACCGAAAGGAGACUUUCAACCUCGAGGCGAAAUAUGCUGAGCCAGAUUUAUUACCUGGAAAGAUCAAUCCAUGGAUUGGUCAAUUUUCCGUCAAGAACGUCAAGGCUGAUGCAAAUGAUGAUUUCAUGAUUUGCAAAUUGAAGGCGCGCCUGAAUCUUCACGGUAUCUUGAAUGUCGAAUCUGGGUACUUUGUUGAGGACAUGGAAGUGGAGGAGCCAAUACCUGAGGAGAAGGAUGCAGAGAAGAAGGAUGGUGAUAAGAAGGAUCCAAAUGCCAUGGAUACUGAUGACAAGCCAAAGACAAGAAAGGUCAAGAAGCAAGUCCGAAAGGGCGAUCUUCCAAUUGUUUCGGCCACAUCUUCCCUCGAUCAAUCCAAGAAGGAGGCUGCAGCUGAACAGGAAUCCUCCAUGAUCAUGGAAGACAAACUUGUCGCUGAUACGGAAGAUAAGAAGAACGAGCUUGAGACUUACAUCUAUGAUAUGAGAAAUAAGAUUGAUGAUACAUAUGCCGAUUUCGCCAGCGAAGAUGAGAAGACGAAAUUGAAGGCUAAGCUGGAGGCAAGCGAGGACUGGCUUUAUGAUGAGGGUGAAGAUGCUACCAAGGCAGUCUACGUCCAAAAGAUGGACGAGAUCCGUGCUGUCGCAGGACCAAUCGCCCAACGCUACUUUGAUAAGGUUGAGAAAGAGCGCGAGGCCCAGAGACAAGCCGAUGAAGCAGAGGCACAGAGAAAGAAGGAAAUGGCCGAAGCUGCUCGUGCCGCUGCCCUGGCACAAGAGGAAGCUUCUAGCAAGAAAGAUGAGGAGAUGCCAGACGCAGAAACCGUCAAGCCGGAUGAGGUUACCGAGCCAGAGUCAAAGUGA